CGUCAGGCUGCUGUGCUGCCUCUCCGGCGCCGAGGCCAAGCUCCUCGUGUACGACUACAUGGACAACGGGAGCCUAGACAAGUGGCUCCACGGCGACGCUCUCGCCGCCGGCGGGCACCCAAUAGCGGCUAGGGCGCAGUCCGCACGCCGCGCGCCACUGGACUGGCCGACCAGGCUCAAGGUGGUCGUCGGCGCCGCGCAGGGGCUGUGUUACAUGCACCACGAAUGUGUGCCGCCCAUCGUUCACUGCGACGUCAAGACGAGCAACAUCCUGCUGGACUCGGUGUUCCGGGCCAAGGUCGCCGACUUCGACCUUGCCUGGAUGCUGGCGCAGGCCGGGGCGCCAUACACCAUGUCCGCCGUGGCCGGCUCGUUCGGCUACAUGGCUCCCGUUGAUUUCAUCUUCGCUCACUUUCUUUCUAUUCGAUUUUGGCCCCUGCAGAUUGCAAGAACGGGACUACUAAGCAAGCUAAGAUUUCAUUUUUUCUGGAUCAAUCUCAAAUUAGGAUUUCUCGGGGAGCGGAGGGUCGGUCAGGACCUGAUUGGGCUCCAUGGCGCGAUCUUUGAGCGCAGAUUUGGUGCCCGCGAUCUGCCUUGGAUUUGA